AUGAGCCAACUAGCUUCUACUGUGAGUAGAUUGGAGUCUCAAGGAAAGUUGCCCUCACAAACUAUUGUUAAUCCAAAACAAAAUGUGUGUGCAAUUACCCUGAGAAGUGGAAAAGAGUUGGAAGAGCAUACUCAAGUGAGAACAACACUCAAUCGAGAUAAGGAAACUGAAAAAGAGGUCCAUCAACCUCAAAAUGAUCAAAAGCCUGUCAAAGAACAUCCAAAGUCUUUGGUAAUUCCUCCUCCUUUUCCUAGUAGGUUGGUCAAAUCCAAGAACGCCGAAGAAGAAAAAGAAAUACUUGAGACAUUUCGAAAGGUUGAGGUAAAUAUUCCUUUACUUGAUGUUAUUAAACAAAUUCCUCGAUAUGCUAAGUUUCUCAAGGAGUUGUGCACAAAUAAAAGAAAGUUGAAAGGCAAUGAAAUGGUAAGCAUGGGGGAAAAUGUUUCAGCUGUUUUACAAAAAAAGUUGCCUCCUAAAUGCAAAGAUCCUGGUAUGUUUACUAUCCCUUGCAAAAUUGGAAAUGUUAAUGUUGAUAGCGCAAUGCUAGAUCUUGGAGCUUCAAUUAAUGUCAUGCCCCUAUCUGUUUAUUCAUCUUUAAAUGUUGGUUCCUUAAAAGAAACUGGUGUAAUUGUUCAACUUGCUGAUAGAUCUAAUGUUUAUCCUGUCGGAGUUCUAGAGGAUGUUUUAGUACAAGUUGAUGGAUUGAUUUGUCCUGUCGAUUUUUAUGUAUUAGAUAUUGAGGAAGACAAUUGCCCUAAUUCUUCAUUGAUCUUAUUAGGGAGGCCAUAUUUGAAAACAUCUAAAACUAAAAUUGAUGUGCAUGAUGGUAUAUUGACAAUGGAAUUUGAUGGUGACAUUGUUAAAUUUGAUAUAUUUAAUACUACCACGAAACAUCUGAAUGGCAUGUCAUCUGUUUUUGUUGUGGAUAUUUUAUUGCAAGAAGAUAAUUGUUAUUUGAUUGGUGGUGAUAAACCGAAUGUUGCGUUGAAUAGAAAUCCUAACUAUGAGGAUGUCAUUGGGGACAAUGUUGAGAAUAAGUGUGGGGAGGGGAUAUGA